AGAGAGAGAGAGAGGGAUAGAGAGAUAGAUAAAUACGUACUACUUGCAUAUGUAUCUAUCGUACUUAAUUAACAUAUACGUAUGAUUUAUUAAAAUUUUGUGCGCCGCCAUAAAGUCCUAUUCCGUAUUAAAUUUCUAUCUUGAUAGGUUCGUAUUUCGUGUCAUAAUUGAAUUUUUAUUUUGAUGAAUGAUAUAUGUAACUACGUAAUACGUAAGAAACAUGUGUUUAACCUUAUUUGAUAAUAUGAGGUAGUAAAUGAACGUUUGUUCGAUCGAAUACAUUUUAUGAAUAAUCGUUUGUUUGUUCAUUGAAUUUUCAUUAUGAGAAAACAUAAACUUCCGAAAAAUUGGGUUGUUGUCGGUUCUAAGAGCCAUCCAGACAGGGUUUAUUAUUUCAAUAUUAAAACCAAUGAGUCCUCUUGGAAGGAACCAACGACCGAAGGAACGAAAAAGGCCUCUGUUAAUGAUGGGCCAAAACAAAAGAAAAGGAAAACAAAUGAAAUGAGUCCUAUUGAAUCAAGGACAUCCUCUGAUAUUGAAGAAGGUAAUGACAACAAAGAUAUUGUAAGAAGAAAGAAGUUAGUUGCCAAAAGGCAUUUUAAAGCAACACAAGAAUUUGAUACAAUACAAAUGGCAGAAAUUAAGAAGAAAAUGCAACAAAGGAAGGCAAAGAGUAAUUCGAAAAGUAAUUCAUCGACAAAUUCAUUCACGCAAAUUAAUUCUCCUACGAAAUUGUAUAAAAGUGAUGAGGAUAAAAAAACGGAAAUAAUGACGCCACAGAUGAGAGUUAUUUAUGAAAAGUUACAAAAGAAAAAUAUGAACAAAAAAGUGUCCAAGCAGUCGCAAUCGCUUCAAAAUGUUAAAGACAUUGAAACAGUUGAAAAUAUUGAACAUAGAGUAAAAGUAGACAAGAGAAAAAGAAGAAAAAGAGAGGGCGUGACAAAAUCCUCAAGUUCGAAUCAAGAUACAUCUGCUUGUUCCAGUAGUCACGAAAGUAAUCCCACAAAAAAUGAUAUUAGGUGUUCUUCAAUCAAAGAUACAACCGAAAUCAAAUCAGAGAGGUCAAGUAUAACAAAAAAUAUAUUACAAAAUAAAAAAAAUUCUCAAUACAAAUCUAAGGAGACAAUAAUAGAAAAUAAAGAAUAUAAUAAUAGUAUAAAUAAGAAAAGUGGUAGAGUUAUAUCAAAAAGAAAUUUGGCCAAAGAUCGUAUGGAUAAAUUAAAGACAACAUUAAAUUUACAAAUGAAAGAUCAAAAGAAUAAUAAUAAAUCAUCACAAAGCAAUGAUAAAUCAUUGCUAGCUAUUAUAAAAGAUAAUGAAAUACCGGAUAUUUAUAAAACCAGUGAUAUGAGGUAUAAAAAUUUACGUAAUAGGCUAUUACGUAAUAAAAUAAUCCCUGAUGAAAAUCAAUUGUUGGCUUCAGUCAAAACUAAUAUGCAAAAUCAAUCUUUAAAUGCAUUAGGCGAAAAUCCUGUUAAUGAGUCUAAUAAUUCUUCUCUUUAUGAAGAAAUGGAUUGGGAACCAAUGGAAGAUGAAAAGAUAACAUUCGAGGUACAAGCUGCUAGAAUACAGUUAUGUGUUGAAAAUGCUAAAAAUGAAACAUUACCAAUAGAAGGAAAUAUUUUACAAUUUUCAUCAAUACCAGUUCAAGAGGAAAAGAAAACUUUGUACAUUGUUGUAGAUACAAAUGUGUUUUUAUCGAAUUUAGAUGCAAUCAUUAAAGCUAUGGUUACAGAAUUUGCAAAAUAUGAUAAACCAAUUCUUGUAAUUCCAUGGACUGUUAUACGAGAAUUGGAUUAUUUGAAAAAUGACAAAUUUGAAAGAAAGUCAAUACAUUUGCGUGAAAAGGCCAGAAAAGCUAUAAAUUUUCUCCAUGAUCAUUUUUCUGUUAAACAUCCACGUAUAGUCGGUCAGACAUUAGAGGACGUAAAAAGCAACAAAGAAAAAUUUGCCAUUGAAUGUCCGGACGAUGAGAUACUACAAGCUUGUUUACAAAUUCGUAACGCAGAAAGAACUGUGGCUUUAUUAUCGUACGAUAAAAAUCUUUGCAACAAAGCAAUGAUAUACGACAUAGUAGCGCUUGGAAGAGACGAUCCUCUUGAAAAAAUAGAUUACAUUUUUGCGACUAAUAAUAAGAACUUAUCUUUACACGAUAUGUGUUUUGAAAAGACACAAGGUGAAGGUUCACAAAUUCUUUCAGCUUUCCAAGAAGAAUUACGUUAUUCGAACGAAUUAUUCGAAGAGAUCCAAUCUAUGAUAAAAGAACUUCUUUCAGCCAUAGUAAGUAAAGAAAUGAAAAAUUUAUUUGGUGAAACAUGGGAAAAAUAUACUAUAAUAAAGCCACCUUGGACAAUUUUGUGCGUAUUAAAAUGUGCUAUAAAACAUUGGAUAGCUGCUAUAAGCGAUGCGUUUGACAGGCAAGCAGAAAAUCUUCUCAAAGAACUUUUGGAAAUAUUUAGAACAAUGCCAAAAGGUGGACGAAAAUUGAAAGACAUUGCAAAAGUAUUAGAAAAGUCUGCUGACCUGAUUCAAAUGAUCCAUGUGGAUAAAUAUUCUGAUCUUAUAAAUAGAGCAUCAAGUACCAUUAAAAAUAUUAAAAAGAGAUAUCAAAAUUAUGAGAAUGAGAUACGUGAGAGAAAAAUACAAGAAGAAAUUGGAACGGAGAAUGAUGUGAUUCAACAAAAAUGUAGAGCAGAUAGGGCCUUCAAUUAUUUCAAUUAUAUCUAUUCGUACGCACGUGACAUUGGAGGAAUGGCUGCAGAUAUCGUAAACAUGCCGUGCAGUUUUUGUUACGAAAUACCAAAUCCAGCACCCACAGUUGAAUAUGUGAAGAAAAUACAACCGGAAAUUGGCCAAAACGUAAAUCAUUUGUUACGUAUUUUGACCGAAGCAUUAGAGGGAAUGAAGGAUGCUUCGAUCGAUCAUAGAACGUUGAUUGAUCUUUACCACAUAUUGACAAAUUUUCUACCUGAUAGAACAAUAACGAACACUACGGAUUUAUGUCCGCUGGAUGUUUAUUGUUGCUUAAAAGAAAAAGAGGACGUAUUGAAAUUGGGUGUAAGACAGCUUCAAGAACUCUGCACACAUUAUUGCAGAUUGGCAAGUUACCGAUGCAUAUGAGUGGUUGCAACCAAUUGUCCUUAGAAUAUGUCACAUGUUUAGUUUCGAUAACGUGAAAUGUAUAAGCGUGUCUUGAUUUUUCGCUUUUGUUGGGAUAAGAGAAGUGUACCACUUGUCCAUGUAUAAGUAUGCAACUACC